AUCGGGAGCGCGCAUACCUGACGUCACUUCCUGGUAGCUGCUAGCGGAGCUAACUGCUUCCCAGAGCUGGAUAAACCAACUCUGUCACCGACUUUCCUCUGAAAAACUGCGCUUUCCUGACAGAUCAUGUCAGACUUUUCGCUGGCGGACGCUCUGGGGGACGACACGGCGGGUCAGGCCAAGAAGAUCGGCAACACCAACCCGUCUGCCCCCGCGGGGAAUCCCGCUGCUUCCAACCCGGGCUGGCCGGCCUCCGCCCCGGGAGCCCCGGCCCAGCCCUCGGCACCCGCCGACUUCGGGGGAGGAUUCUCGGGUCCGGGGGCCCCGGGGCAGUUCCCCUUCCCCUCGGGCCCUGGAGCGCCGCCGGGGCAAUACCCGGGACCCCCGACAGCCCCGGGCGGGUUCCCCGCCGCCCCGGGAGUACCAGGACAGUUUCCCCCCGCGCCCGGAGCCCCGGGCCAGUUCCCCUCCAGCCCCGGGGCGCCCGGGCAGUUUCCUGGGCAGUUUCCACACGAAGGCGCUCCGGGGCAGCUCCCCGGAGGCCCCGCUCCGUACCCGGGUGGACCGUUUCCCUCCGGACCCGGAGCCCCCCCCGGCCACUACCCCAACGUGCCGUACCCCGGGUGUCAGCCCGGAGGCAACGGGAUGUACGGGCCGGGGGGUCCGGGCGCGUUCCCCCCCUCGGCCGGGUCUUUCCCUGCUUUCCCGGCCGCCAGGUUUCCUCCCAUCCCGACGGGGUCGUGGGGACCGCCAGCAGCCGGGGGGUUCCCCGCUGCCCCCGCCCCGUUUGGUCCCGGUUCUGGUCCUAUGGGGCCGUACGGCGGGCCGCCUGGUCCCGGAGGAACACUGAUGGUGCCGUACGAUCUCCCGCUUCAUGCUGGAAUGAUGCCACGACUUUUAAUCACAAUAGUUGGAGAACCUCUUCCUGGUGCGGACAGGUUCAAUGUGGACUUCGUCAAAGGCUCAGAUGUCGUCCUUCACUUCAACCCUCGGUUUCAUGAGCAAACCGUAGUCAGAAACUCAAACCUGGGAGGCUACUGGGGACCAGAGGAGCGUGAAGGAGACUUCCCGUUCGUUCCGGGACGCCGUUUUGAGCUGAAGAUCCUGGUGGAGGAGAACAUGUUCAAGGUGGCGGUGGACGGCCAGCACCUGCUGGAGUACGAGCACCGAGCCGGCGGCCUGGAGGAGGUGACGCUGGUGCGGGUGGUGGGCGACAUCGCCCUGCACAGCGCGGCGCCCAGCAUGAUCUGAACCCGCCGCCCGGACCACCGCUCAAACUGAACCCAAGGAUUUGACUUCUCUUCGCAAGCUCUCGGCGCGUUUUGGUGGAGUUGGAGAGGCGGUGUAGUCAGCGAGUGCAAUCGUCGCCAAACCUGGCACUUAUAUCCCAGAACCGAAGGCUCUGGGCGAACCCGAGUCUGCAGCCAACCUUUUUGUCUGAAGCCACUCACAACCCGGUAGAUCUUUAAUAACGUAGUCGUAUCAGGGACGCAAAUUAGCUGAAGCGCCGGGUGGAGAAGUGCGACGCGUCCCAAACAUUUCAGAUGUCCCCACUAGUGUUUCUGUUUACAUGUGUUUCUUAUUCUCUUACGUUAACAUCAUUAUACGCCUCUGUAACGCAUGAAAGUAUUAUGCUGAAAAUCCACAUGGUGUCCUUUUCUCUCAGUGCUGGACGGCGACCCCUCGAGACCAGAGGACCAUGAUGUUUCUCAAAAUGUAUUUAAAUACAGAUGACUUUCCUCCGUUCUUUAGCAGAAAUCCUCCCCAACUCCCGGAUCGGAGGGUCGUCCACAGGUUUUACUAACUCUGAUUUCCUGUUAAAUCAAAAAAAUACAACAACAAAAGGGCACAAUUUAUGAAAUGAAAUAGCGGAGGAGGAGACGGCUGGCUUCUGCAGUUUGUUGCCAAAGAUGAGUUGGGCAGUAUUUUGAUAUUACAGAUAAAAGGGCAACAAAAAAAUGACUGAUUUAACUCUGUUUGAUGCAGAUUGUUGUGCACUUCUCCUGUGCUGCCUGACUGCACAUUUAUUAAUAAAUGCUGGUUUCUCUGUU